UAAAAAAAAGAGUAAAAUGAACAUAUAUUUUCCUUGCCCGAACCAUUUUCUCCUGGUCAUCUUCUCCUUCGAUCUUCUUCGUUAUUCUUCGCCACUUCGCCGCCAACCUCGCCCUUGCCUUCUCCAUCGGUCUUAUUCUCCGCCUCCGCCUCACUCCAAGGACAUUGCUGAAGAUCUACCUCCGGUUACAAGAUGAGCCGACCAAUGGAGGAAGAUGCUGGCAAGAAUGAAGAAGAGGAAUUCAACACCGGUCCACUUUCAGUUCUCAUGAUGAGUGUUAAAAAUAACACUCAGGUUCUCAUAAAUUGUCGCAAUAAUAAGAAGCUUUUGGGACGUGUAAGGGCCUUUGACCGGCAUUGUAAUAUGGUUCUGGAAAAUGUUAGAGAGAUGUGGACUGAGGUACCAAAAACUGGGAAGGGAAAGAAAAAGGCUCAGCCUGUUAACAAGGACAGAUUCAUCAGUAAGAUGUUCCUGAGAGGAGACUCAGUCAUUAUCGUUCUUAGGAAUCCCAAGUAAGAAGCGUUGGCCAUCUCAUAAUAUGUUCAGUUCAAAUUCUUGAGUUGACUCCAUUCGCCUACCAAUCUUCUUGCUUGUCGUUCUCCCUGUGAUAAACAUCAAACUUUCAUUUGAUAGCCUGACCUUCUGCUAAGUUUGGAGCUAUCUAUAUCAGCUUCUAGUUUUUCUUUUCCUGGAAACCAUUUACCAAAUACUGUAACUCUAGAAAAUGUAUCUGUUUAGGUAUCGGAGGUUAUUUAGUAGAAAUGCAAUCUGUUUUUAACGUGUGUAUGGAAUAGAGUUUAUCUUUGCGAAUGGAUAGUGAGUAUAUUGGCUGCGUUUGUUUUUCUA